UAUAUUAGUUAUCAAUGUCCUGUUUGAUUUUGCUGAGCAUGCACUUCAUAAUAGUUUCGCAAGGCGUCUCUCUAAUGAAACCCUAAUGGUAGUAAUGGAGCUUCGUGACCCAAAAUGGCCGACGGUGGCAAAAAGUUGCUGAAGAUACUCUGUAUCCAUGGCUACAGACAGAAUGCUCAGACAUUCAGAGAACGGACAGGAGCCUUCAGAAAAAUCCUGAAGAAGCAUGCUGAACUCGUGUUUGUCACUGCCCCACUGCCUGUGAAGCCAUUGGAGAACAAUGAUGAAGAAGGGGGAGCUAUUGGUGCCAGCAAGGAAGAUCAGUAUGGGUGGUGGUACUCAUCUAAUGAUGACAGCUUCCAUGCCCAGGACUACACUGAUGUGUGCAAAGGGUUUGACCAGUCUGUAGAAGUGGUGAAGAAGGUGUUCAAAGAACAGGGCCCAUUUGAUGGUGUGCUAGGGUUCAGUCAAGGAGCUUCUUUUGUGGCCAUGCUUUGUGCACUCAGGGAAAAGAAUGAAGAGCCAUUUGUGUUUGAUUUUGCCAUCAUGGUGGCAGGGUUCCGCAGCAGGUCUUCUCAGCAUGAUGAGCUGUACAGCACCAAGAUCACCUGUCCAACACUACAUGUUUACGGGGACACUGACAGGGUUAUACAAAAAGAGAUGAGUGUAGAAAUGUUACAGUACUUCAAGGAACCUGUAGAGUUGAACCAUCAAGGAGGUCACUUUAUACCAACAUCAGCACCACAGAAGAAAGUCUACUUGGAUUUUCUCAACACUUUUCUGGCAAAGAAAAAUAGUUGAA